UGGCGAUGACGAGCGUUACCUAUCCCAGACGUCGCGGUUAGAGGUUGUCGGAAGUGUAAUCGGAAGCAGAGGGAAAGCAAAUGGCGGCGGGGAGCACGGACCGCCCAGGUCCCGGGAGCUGUUAGCGACCAGCCGCCGCCGGAGCGGGGAGCCGUCGAGGCGAGGCGCCGUCAUGGGGGGUCGUCGCCCUCCCGACGCCGGCAGCUCGUCGUAGAGAGCGGCAUGCCCCGGCGCGGGCCCGCGACGCUAGUGCUGCACCUGGCGGCGGCGUGCGUCGCCGUCGUGUUGGUCGUCGCCGCGACGGCGUCCAGGGUCGUGCACACGCGCUACGGCCGCCUGCAGGGGUUCGCCUUGGAGCCGGGCCGCGCGUCGCAGCACCAGCAGCACCUGCGCGCCGUCGACGCCUACCUGGGGAUCCCGUACGCCACGCCGCCCGUCCGCUCGAACCGCUUCAGCCCCACGCGGACCCCGGCGCCGUGGGAGGGGGUGCGCGCCGCCGACCGGCCCGGCCCGGCGUGCCCGCAGAGGCUGCCCGACGUGGCCAACGAGACUGCGGCGCUGGAGAGGAUGCCGCGCGGCCGGCUGGAGCACCUCAGGAGGCUGCUGCCGCUGCUGAGGAACCAGAGCGAGGACUGCCUCUACCUCAACAUCUACGCGCCGGCGCAAGCUGGAGCGGCCGACAACCCGCAGCGAUACCCCGUCAUCGUGUUCAUCCACGGCGAGUCCUACGAGUGGAACUCGGGCAACCCCUACGACGGCUCCGUGCUGGCCAGCUACGCCCACCUCGUCGUAGUCACCAUCAACUACCGCCUGGGCAUCCUGGGCUUCCUGAACGCGAACGCAGCCCCGCGGUCUAAAGCUCGCGUGGCCAACUACGGCCUGAUGGACCAGAUCGCGGCGCUGCACUGGGUGCAGCAGAACAUCGCGCUGUUCGGCGGCGACCCGGGAAACGUGACCCUCAUGGGCCACGGCACGGGCGCCGCCUGCAUCAACUUCCUCAUUAGCUCGCCAACCGUCGUGCCAGGGCUGUUCCACCGCGCCGCGCUGCUGUCGGGCUCGGCGCUCAGCCCCUGGGCGCUGGUGGAGGACCCGGCGGGCUACGCGGCGCGCCUCGCCCGCGAGGUGAACUGCUCCGUGCCCGAGGACCUGGCGCGCGACCACGAGCUGGUGGUGGACUGCCUGCGCGAGGUGCCCUUGGAGCAGCUCUUGGGCGCCGACGUGCGCGCGCCGGCGCACCUCAGCGCCUUCGGGCCCAGCGUCGACGGCGUGGUCAUCCGCGCCGACCUGCAGCGCGAGAUGCUGGCGCACCCGGGCGCCGAUCUGCAGGGGUUCGCCGCGGGACCGGCGCCGCCGCAGGGCAACGCCAAGCGCAGCGGGGACGCCGUCCUGGCGGCCUCCGGCGCCGCGGGCCGCUACGACCUGCUGUUCGGCGUCGUGACGGCCGAGGCGCUGUGGCGCUUCAGCGCCGCCGACGUGCAGUCCGGCUUCGAAGGGGAGCGCCGCGACCGCAUCCUGCGCACCUACGUGCGCAACGCCUACUCCUACCACCUGUCCGAGAUCUUCUUCACCGUGGUGAACGAGUACACGGACUGGGAGCGCACCGUGCUGCACCCCGUGAACACGCGCGACGCCUGCGUCGCGGCGCUCAGCGACGCGCAGUUCGUGGCGCCGCUGGUGCAGACGGGAGACCUGCUGAGCCGGCGCGGCGCGGCGCCCGACGACGCGCGCUCCUUCUUCUACGUGUUCGACUACCAGACCAAGGACGGCGACUACCCGCAGCGCAUGGGGACGGUGCACGGCGAGGAGCUGCCGUACGUGUUCGGCGCGCCGCUGGUGGACGGCUUCUCGCACUUCCCCAGGAACUACACCAAGUCCGAGGUCGGGCUGUCCGAGUCCGUCAUGCUCUACUUCGGCAACUUUGCGAGAACGGGGAAUCCAAAUGAGUACCAGAAACAGGAGGCUGUACUUCCCGUGUCUAAAGAACGCAACAGGUUCAGAAACAUCUUCUGGGAAGAGUACGACAAUGUACAUCAGAAAUAUCUCGAGAUAAGCAUGAAGCCGCGCAUGAAGAACCACUUCCGCUCGCACCAGCUGUCCGUGUGGCUGCGGCUGAUCCCGGAGCUGCACCGCGCCGGCAUGGAGGACACGGCGCCGCGCCACAACCUGUUCCGCAACCACAACGACGCCGACCUGUACGACGGCGUCGUGCGCGCCGACCCCCUGUCGCGCGCCUUCCCCGCCGCAGAGGCCGGCCCCAGCUCGCCCGCGGCGCCGCGCGGCAACUACUCUGACGGCCCCACGGCCGAGCCCUCGGCGGCUACCACGACCUGCGUGCCCCUGCUGCCGCGCGGGCAGUCGCCGUCCACGCACCAGCUCCAGCACGGCAACGACACGCUGGCGGGGCUGGAGGCCGCCGGCUACGCCGCCUACUCCACGGCGCUCAGCGUCACCAUCGCCAUCGGCUGCUCGCUGCUCGUGCUCAACGUGCUCAUCUUCGCCGGCGUGUACUACCAGCGCGACAAGACGCGGCUGGAGGUGAAGACCCUGCAGCAGCAGCAGCAGCAGCAGCAGGCGGGCAAGCCGCGGACGACCUCGCAGUACGUGGUGGACGUCGACGGAGACCCUUCCCCCGCGGAGACGGGCCCAGCCCCAGGGAAGAAGGGCAGCCACCAACACCCUCUGGCGAGCCUCCUGAAGGCGCCGCCGCCGUCGCCGAGCGCGCUGCAGCCGCAGAAGUGCCCCAACAACGUGGCCCCGUCGCCGCCCAACGGCUCGGUGGCCUUCCACGUGCCGCUGCCGCAGCCGCCGCCUCCCCCGCGCGGCAAGAGCCCCGCCGAGUCGCAGCCCCUGCUGCCGGCGGGCAAGGGCGCGCUCAAGGUGCCCGCCGCGGCGAUGGACGAGAUGCGGGUCUGAUCCCCCCCGACCGCGACCCCAGUGCGUCGUCGACUCUUCAUCCUCCAGCAUUCCUUCCCCGGGUUCUUUUCCUAAAUACCUACUUCUGGCCGCUCAAGAGGAACAUAUACGUCACCAAAGACAUCGGUAGCUACAAACAAGAAGAAUAAAAACUGAAGUAGUU